CAAGCGCAUGCCACUACAACGAAGGCGAAGAGAGGCGCGGCGUGGUGAGGCGAGGACCGAACAGCCACUCAGGAGAGCUGAACGUCUGUUCACUGACAAAACAGCCUCAUUUUAUAGAUUGAAAAAUCGGCCGCCAUAUCUUUGCCAUGGACCUCAUUGACGUGAACUAUUACUAUGCCGCUGACAAGUGGUUAAACUCUGCGGUGGAUAAGCUAUUCGGAGAGAGAGAUCAGAGAGUUCGAGGAUGGCUACUACUGGACUCCUGCACACCCAGUCUGGUCCUCACCUUCAUCUACCUCCUCAUAGUCUACCUGGGGCCAAAAUAUAUGAAGAACAGGCCAGCAUACUCACUGAAGAAUGUCUUACUACUGUACAACUUCUCAGUAACCAUCCUAUCAUUCUACAUGUUGGUGGAGUUAAUUUCAGCAUCCUGGUCAGCAGGCUACCGUCUGAAAUGUCAAGGCCUGUUUGAAGCAGGAAACGGUGACAUCAGGGUGGCAAAAGUUUUGUGGUGGUAUUAUUUCUCCAAGCUGAUCGAAUUUCUCGACACCAUCUUCUUUGUGCUGAGGAAGAAGAACAAUCAGAUCACCUUCUUGCAUGUGUACCACCAUGCCUCCAUGUUUAAUAUCUGGUGGUGCGUCCUCAACUGGAUCCCCUGUGGACAGAGUUUCUUUGGGCCGAUGCUGAACAGUUUCAUCCAUGUGCUGAUGUACUCAUACUAUGGCCUGUCUACUAUCCCCUCCAUGCACAAGUACUUGUGGUGGAAACGCUACCUCACACAGGCCCAGCUGGUUCAAUUUAUAAUGACUAUAACACACACACUGAGUGCAGUGGUUUUCCCCUGUGGAUUCCCGCUGGGCUGUCUGCUAUUUCAGUCUAGCUACAUGCUUACACUUGUCAUCCUCUUUGUCAACUUCUACGUGCAGACGUACCGAAAAAAGUCGGUGAGAGACGACAAAGGCAAAGAAAUGGCGCGAAGUCACGCGAACGGCAUCUCGUCCUCCUUCAACGGAGCCAAACAUAAGCUACAAUAAUGGCAUGACUCUUCGACAUUCAUUUUCUCAAUCCAUUUAUGCUGAGACACUAAUCUGAUAGCAGGGAUAAUUCUCCGUAAUUAUUCUGUAAUUGUGUUUUUGUAUAGAGUGUGUGUUUUUAAUUACCUCCAUUUUAUAUAGUUGUUUUGUUUAUGUUUUUGUUUUGUUUUGUUUUUGCUCGGAGACGAGCGCUGUACUGCACUUCUGCGUAGAACGGGCUCACUCAAUGGCCUGGGCAUUAUGUAAAAUGAAUAUCUGUUAUUGGAAGCCUGCAAAAAAAUAUCCAUCCAUACUUUAAACUAGUGUAAAUUAUAAGCUUGAUUACGAUGCAAAAUGAUUUUUAUUUGUAAGGCAAAAAUGGGUUAUUUUAAAUGAUAAGAUACAGUGCAGUACAAUUCCUCUGAAUAUUACACAAUCAGUAUUCUGCACAUACAAGGAUCAAGCAAUAUGCUUGUAGACAGACAUCACUAUUGUUCAGUUCACUGAACAUAAUAGGAUCUUUAAAGGACAAACAUUUAAUGUAGCUUUACAAUUUGGAUUAUAUAUGUAGCCGACAGAAUCACACCGUAGCCUUUAGAAUUGAUGCAUUGAUUAGAAUCUAUGUAUUCUUACUAUGCUCAAAUCACCAUACUGAUUUUUUAUCUCAGUGCUCAAACCUACAUUUGUCUAAUUAAGUUGCAAAACUGCUUAUGCUUUUUUCCCUUGACCAAGUUUUAAGAAACACUUGACUUUGUCGUCAGAAGUCAUUCACUGAUAACCCAAAUAUGACAACAAAUUAAUUCUGUCUUAGAGCUCAGUUCUUUUUUAUAGUAGAGUUAUUGUGAAGAAGAGCUGAAUGUAUGCUAAAGUUAUGGAUUUCAUAAGCACUUCGUAGAUCAUUCAUAAAAAUAGUGCCUUGCAGUAGUAUUCAAAAUUUAUUUUGCAUGUUACAUGUAACUAGUAUGCAGUCUUCAUGCAUUUUUAUACACAUUCAGAUGCUCUUUCAUGCAAAUAUCACAUGAUCAGACUGAAUCUAAAACCAUUAUGAAACAGAAUUUUUUUUAAAUUCAUAUCCUACAUGUUUAACCCUUUACAUUUAUUGUUGAUAAAUUGCAUUUGAUUUCCAUUAUUACUAUAUUUACAAACUGUGCUGUCUACUUUGAACGGGGCCUUCUUUAUAAAAUAUGUGCAAAUUUCAUACUCAUGAUGGUGCAGUAAGUUCACAAAAUGUACAUGUGAAUGAUUCACACAAAGACUUCCUGUAUGAAAAGGUGCCUGAUUCAGGCUUUAGCAUCUCUUAUUCACAAAUAUCCAUUAAACUGUGUACAUUGGAACAAAAUUCUACCCAGUGUAAUUCUACCCAGUAUAAUUCUACCCAGUGAAACCUCCGAUUUUGGCCUUAUGUGAAUGGAUGAUAAGAGGACUCAUGGUUCAUAAAGGCUUGUAAUUAAUUGUUGUCAAAAUAACUCUGCAAAUUGAACCACGUCAUAGCUGACUACUUAAAAAAUUAAAGCAUGGUUUACAUGCUUGGGAUUUAAGAUAAGUUAUCUGCCAUAGUCAAAUGUUUGUAAAUAUGAAUGUGGGGUUGUGGCUUUUUAUACUGGUAUCAAUAUAUUCAAGUGCAGGGUCUAUAUCUAUAUAUAUGUAUGUGUAAAGGUCUUACGAGUUAACAUAAAGGUUGUACAUAAAAAAAGACCAACCCAACUGCCAGACCAAACACCCCAGCUGCAAAUAAGAUGGCAAAAGAUUUAUUUCUUCUGUGUUCUCACACUUGGUUAUCUUAUAGCAUGUCAUAGUAAGGUAUAGCAAAACCAGCAACAGUGUUGAAAUUAUCCAUCUCCUGUAAAAGUGCUCUAUAGAAAAGAAAUGGCUUCACCACUGGAUCAUCAUCUACAACAAUCAAUUAGACUACUCCUAGCUCGGGUCCUACACUAUGGCCAGACCAGAAAGAGCAGGACAAAAAAUCUGAAAUAAAAAUGAAUAAAUGCACCAGCCCUCAGAAACACAAUUGUUGGGUCAUAAUAAUGCUGCCAUAUUAUAAAUGAGACCUUGAUUUGGCUGUAAAAGAAGCCUUAUGUCUGGCUUCUUUCAACUUUGUUAAAUUGCCUGAAUAUUGCCCAGAGUCUGCAGUAUUCCAAUUGUGCAACAGAUGCUAUUGGAAGCCAAACUAUUCAUGUUAAGAAACGUAGUUCUGGUCCUGUGCAUACAUCAUGUUCCUGCUUAAUGGUGUUUACCCUAAUUUGAGCUUUUAUUCAUUUAUUGUUCUCAGCAAAAAUGUUUGCAUUUUACCUCCAUGUAUGUAUGCUAUCUAUUUCACUUGCAAUUCUAACAUUUGACCAGAACUGAUGAUUAGUGGGUGUCAGUUUUCACAAUACCACUUGAUCUAUCAGAAUUCUAGAACAAUGUAGUUAAUAAUUGUGCUGAUUAAUAAGGAUUUGGCUGUCUGAACAGCUGAUGUUACACUUUCUCUGAAAUAUACCCAGAAUCACUUCCA